CGCGCCACUCACACGAACCGGUUCGGAUCUUUAUAAUAAGACGAGGUUUCGGAUCGGAUCCAAACCCGAGAAAUCUCGGUGCUACGCGUGAUGCUAGUUGCUAAACAAAGCCUGAGACAAGAGUGAUUGAGAUUUGACAAAAAGAAAACACUUCAGAUCCGGCUUAACAGGAAGCUAAGCUUAGCUGAACUUGACAACUUAAAAAAAAAAAUACAGAAAUUGAGAGAAGGAGAGAGAGAAUGAGAUAUGGCGGAGGUAGAAAGAGGCGAAUGCUGUUGCAACCGUUUCUGGUUCUUUGUGCGUCGGUGACUGGUUUGGGGCUGUUGAUGCUGGCGCUGAGGCCGUUGGAUCCUCCAAUCACCGUCGAUUUCCCGAGGGAUUUCGAGUUCGGAGUUUCAAACGAUUCGAGAUUGGAUGGCGGCGGCGGCGACAGCUCAGGCAUCGUCGGAGAGAAACCGUGCGCGGCGGUGGAAGAGAUGGGGAAGGAUUUCGAGACAGGUGUUUCUGGGAAGGAAACACUGAGAGUGAGGAGAAUUAUCGAGGAUCACUUCGUUCUGAACGGUGCUUCGAGAAUCAGGAAUUUGCCUCCGGAGCAGUUCUGUAGUCAUGGAUUUGUUCUGGGAAAGACUGCCGAGGCAGGUUUUGGGAAUGAAAUGUACAAGGUCCUAACUGCUGCGGCACUGAGUUUAAUGUUAAACCGGUCCUUGAUCAUUGGCCAAACCAGAGGCAAAUAUCCUUUUGGGGAUUACAUUUCUUAUUCCAACUUUACCUUUACCUUGAAUGAAAUAAAGCAUCUGUGGAGACAAAAUGGUUGUGAAAGCAAAUAUGGGAGGCAACUGAUUAUGAGGACUGAUGAUUUUGAAAAGCCAGCUCAAACAAAUGUUCUCUGUAGCAAUUGGAAGGAAUGGAAGCAACCUAUCAUAUGGUUUCAAGGAGCUAAUGAUGCUGUGGCAGCUCAAUUUUUCUUGAAAAACAUACACUCUCAGAUGAGAAUUGCUGCUUUUGAUUUAUUUGGUGAUCCUCAAGUUCUUGGAUCUCAGCCAAAUGUAUUUGGAGAGCUCAUGAGAGUUCUCAUAUCCCCAUCAAAAGAUGUUGAGGCAGCUGUCAAUUGGGUUAUUGGUGGUGGGGAGAAUCCUGACAUUUCAUUGCAUAUGCGGAUGCUUAUGAAUAGGUCCAUACGAGCUGUACAAGCUGCAUUGCAUUGCAUCAAAAAAGCCAUACAGAGUCGGCACCUAAUGUCAAGACCAAAGGUGGUUGUGGUAUCAGAUACACCUUCUCUUGUUAAAAGUAUCAUGCUCAACAUAAGCGAAUUUGCGGAGGUGGUUUAUUUUGAUUAUGAAAAGUUCAAAGGAAAUAUCUUUGAAGGUUUGCCCAAGUCAGAUUUUAGAGUGAAGGAUUGGGGUCCAGCACCCAGGUGGGUUGCUUUUGUGGAUUUUUUUCUUGCAUCUCACGCUAAAUAUGCUGUUGUCUCUGGAGCUCAUCGCCGCGUUGGAACUACCUAUGCUCAAUUAAUCGCUGCCCUGGCUGCAACACGUAAUCUAGGAAACAACUCGUCAGGUUCAAGUUUUUCAUUUUUUAGCAGUUUCCAGAGUAAUAUGUUGACUGAAGGUUUAAGGAAUCAAAUUGGUUGGGGCCAUGUGUGGAACAGAUAUGCUGGACCGUUGAGUUGCCCUAACCAGACCAAUCAAUGUGCUUUCACACCUCUUCUCCCUCCUGGUUGGUGGGAUGGCCUAUGGCAGUCUCCUAUUCCAAAGGAUAUUAAUCGCCUUGCUGCCUAUGGCAUCAAACUUUCUGGUCUUGGCACAGUUGAUCACGAUUCCCUUCAAAAUUACUGUAAUUCAAGGAAAAAUGUUGAGAGAACCGUCACAUUCAAUUUGUAGCGUUUGGAAGUCACAUUUCAUUGUAUUCUUUAUGGUAUAAACAUAAUAAUUUAUUAGUAUAGAAUUU